AUGUCGUCAUCAUCGGCCGCAAAACAACGUCUCCAGGCUCUAAGUCAACAGCUCGUCCAGGGCAUCCCUGACGAAGGCACCUUCGAGGGAAUUCCCCGAAUCCGUCAUAUUGCUUCGGAUUCAGCUGGGCCUCGAACUAAAGACAAGGUCGUAAUCGUCACUGGGGCCAACUCACCAAAUGGUCUUGGUCGCGCUAGCGCCCACCAAUAUGCCCAAAAUGGCGCCAAAGCAGUCUACAUUUGUGACUAUGACGACAGUCAUCUCGCAACUCAUAAACGGGAAAUAGAGGUGGACGUGCACACUCGGCAGUUCGACGCAGGCGAUGAGAAAGCCGUGGUAGCAGUGAUUGAUGACGCGAUAUCCAAGUACGGGCGACUAGAUAUCUUCUUCGCGAAUGCAGGAAUAGUAGGACAACCGAAAAUAUUCACCGAGAUUGAUGGCGAAGGGUUCAUGAAAACUAUGAGAACCAACGCACUUGGCGUCUUCCUGGCAGUUAAGCAUGCCGCGCCCGCAAUGAAAGUAACUUCGGAAUCAAAGCUAUAUCCAAGUGGCUCGAUUAUCGGCACCGCAUCCGUAGCUGGCUUGCGCUCAAAUGCAGGCUCAACUGAUUACUCUGCAUCCAAGGCAGCGGUUAUCUCCAUCGCACAGACAUGCUCGUACCAGCUCGCUGGAACUGGAAUCCGGGUUAACGCUAUCUGUCCUGGUUUAAUUGAGACGGGCAUGACUCAGUCGACGUUUGACAAGGCGCGGGAACGAGGCACAGAGCGCAAGAUUGGGCAGCUGAAUCCCUUGCAGCGUGGCGGAAUUGCUGAUGAGGUUGCGCGUGUGGCGCUUUUCUUGGGUAGUGAUGAGAGUAGUUAUGUGAAUGGUCAGGCUUGGGCUGUGUGUGGUGGCCUGACUGCGGGACAUCCGUUUGUUCCUGGGAAGUUGGCUUGA